AUGAUGGAGGAAUUCACAUACGAUCACGAUUUUAACACGCAUUUUGCUACAGAUUUGGAUUAUUUGCAACAUGACCAACAACAACAACAUAAUCAGCAACAGCAGCAACAACAGCAACAACCGAUUCAAAUGCAAAAUCAGGAGCACGACCACGACCAGCAUACUAAUGACAUGAGUGCUUCAUCCAAUGCAUCAGAUAGUGGACCUCAGAGGCCUAAGAGGACUCGCGCAAAGGGUGAAGCACUAGAUGUCCUAAAACGCAAAUUUGAAAUAAAUCCAACGCCUUCUUUAGUGGAGAGAAAGAAAAUAUCAGAUCUGAUAGGAAUGCCUGAAAAAAAUGUUAGAAUUUGGUUUCAGAACAGAAGAGCUAAAUUGCGGAAAAAGCAGCAUGGGAGUAAUAAGGACCCGAACUCCUCGUCACAAUCCCGUGAUAUUGCCAACGAUUACGAUCGUGGAACUACAGACAACAACUUCGUCACCACAACAAGUACUUCCUCCAUCUUUCACGAUGAAGAUCUGACUUUUUUUGACCGUAUCCCGCUGAACUGUAACAACAACUACUAUUUUUUUGACAUUUGCUCCAUCACUGUGGGAAGUUGGAAUAGGAUGAAAAGCGGCGCAUUGCAAAGAAGGAACUUCCAGUCUAUAAAGGAUUUGAGAAACUUGUCUCCAAUAAAGAUUAAUAACAUAAUGUCGAAUGCUACAGACUUGAUGGUUUUGAUAUCCAAGAAGAAUUCAGAAAUUAACUAUUUUUUUAGCGCCAUGGCAAAUAAUACUAAGAUUCUCUUCAGGAUCUUCUUCCCACUAAGUUCAGUUACCAAUUGCUCUCUGACUUUAGAGACUGACGACGAUAUAAUAAAUAGUAACAGUACAAGCGAUAAUAACAAUAGUAAUGCUAAUAAUGAUGAUGAUAACGAUGAUAACAGUAAUGAAGACAAUGAUAAUGGUAGUGACGAUAAGAGGAAUUCCAAAGACAACUUUGGGGAAUUGAAGCUAACAGUGACCAGAUCACCUACCUUUGCUGUUUACUUUCUAAAUAAUGCUCCUGAUGAAGAUCCAAAUCUGAACAAUCAGUGGUCCAUAUGUGAUGAUUUCUCGGAAGGCAGACAGGUAAACGAUGCCUUUGUUGGUGGUUCGAAUAUUCCUCACACUUUAAAAGGUCUACAGAAGUCUCUAAGGUUCAUGAAUUCUCUAAUUUUAGAUUAUAAAUCAUCGAAUGAAAUAUUACCUGCGAUCAAUACUGCAAUUCCGACUGCCGCAGUUCCACAACAGAAUAUUGCUCCUCCGUUUCUGAAUACAAACUCAAGUGCAACGGACUCAAAUCCGAAUACAAAUUUAGAAGAUUCUCUCUUCUUCGAUCAUGAUCUGUUAUCCAGUUCGAUAACUAAUGCCAACAACGGUCCAAGCUCUAUUAAUGGACAUCAUGGUAGCAAGGAUGAUACGCUCAACUUAUUGGAUACUACUGUUAACAGUAAUAACAGUCAUAAUGCUAACAAUGAGGAGAAUCGUCUAGCUCAAGAACGUCUAUCCAACGAUGCUGAUAUUGUUGCAAAUCCAAAUGACCAUUUGUUGUCUUUACCAACCGAUGGUGAACUUCCAAAUACUCCGGAUUUUUUGAAGAACACCAACGAACUAACUGACGAGCAUAGAUGGAUAUGA